GAACUCGGUAUCGACGCCAUCGGUAAUGAAACUAGUCGCGCCUAUAUUUACUCCCAACCUGCCGUAUACCUGGGCAAUGAACGAAUACGUGAGACUUUCAGUGGCAGUCCCUGUCAUCGAUCUUCGAGCGCAUCUCCUUCUGUCUCUCCACGGCGAUAGGUCUAAGCAACUCGUCCCUAGGCAGCAGUCGCCUUUAUGUCUUCCACCUGCUGUAGAGCUUUUCAACAUGGAAGGUUGAUACUCAUUCGAACUAUGCGAUAAACGGAAAUCAUCUUGGAUCUGGGAUUCGAGGGAGAGAUUGGUUUUUGAUCAGGACCUAUCAGGUAUCUCGGCCGAGGUUAGACGUUACGUAUCUGCGUAGUAUCUGGAGGCAAACCGGUCGCCGCCACGUGUUACGUUAUGGAUGAACAAUAUGGUUCUCCGAUGUUUUCUCUCUCAUCCGACCUUCAUUCGUUUGGUGCUCGCCUUCUCUUUCUCCACAUUAUCUGUUCCACUCGAGCCUUCAUUUACUUCUUAGGUUCACGCAUAUUGCUAUCUUUCUUUCUUCAAACCCUCAUCGUCAAAUGGAACCGCUGUUGGGGGAAUAUAGCGUUGCGGCACAUAUAUACAAGCUAUCGCAGAGCUCCCUCGCCGAGCUGGCUCGAAACUCUGUAAGGCAGAGCAGAUUCGAGAUGGAAAUAAAAAGGCGUUGGCUGGGCCAUGAGUGGUACCUCCCUGGUGCGGCUGGAAACGAUAUCCACAAGACGAACGUCCCAAAUAUCAAACUCGCCUAUAGGCACCAGACCCUCCUGGGAGAGCUGGAUAUGAUUCGCGGAAAGGUGGUGUCCGAGUCGAAUACGGGGUAUCAUCAUGGUACGGGGCAGUCGAGCGUUGCUGCACAGAGUCCGCGAUUGUUUUUUGGGAGUGUUUUGCCCACACCGGACGCGUGGCUGCGAAAAUAAUGGCGAAAAACGUUCAAGUAUUUCUAGCGUUUGGAGCCUUGGUUGAACUAUGCUUGGUUGAGCUUGUGACGCGCCAGUUAAAUACUUGGAACCCGCUGCAUAUUACCAACUAAUGGAUGCAUUUGCUUUCGAAGUC